AUGUACGGAGGCGUCAAGCCAUAUCAGACUGUACUCAAGGACUUUUGGACUCUGGACACUGAGACGUGGACAUGGCAGCGCGGACCCGAUGGCCCAGGACCUCGUGCAGACCAUACACUCUUGCAGUACUAUGAGUACAUCUUUGUCGUAUCAGGUUACAAUGUGAGCCUAAAUGUUCCUUUGACGGAGACGCUGCCGCUUAUGGUGUUUGACACCAACACAACGAGCUGGACCGAUACCAUCCGACCGACUCUCGAUGCUGAAACGACAUAUGUGUCGGAUAUGACCCGGGCGGCAAUUAUCAUUGGCACUGUGAUCUUUGCAGUGGUGUUGAUGGUAAUCGCGCUGUCGACCCAUUUGCUCCGAAAGUGGAAUCAACGCAAUUACAUCAAGGGCUAUGAGAAUGUCGAGCUUGAGGAGCAACGAAGGAGGGCUGCACAGGAAUUGCCGUCGAUAUUGAAGAAAAGGUAUCUGUCCGAGGGUGGCAAUGGCGCUAAUAGUGCGCCAGGAUCGAACCGGGCAGGACGAGCUGUUGGCAUUCAGUCGGAGGUUCUCUUUGAAGACGAGGAGGGCGACUACAGUGACGGCAAUGGGUCGUUUGAUGGUGAUGAUGAAUAUGAGGAUGAUCAUCAUGGUGGUCAGAAGGUGUCGCUGUUGUCUCGGUCUCAACCCAACCCAAAGUCGAGGUCUCUUCAGGACCAGCAGCAGCAAGGGUUGGCACCACCACCACCACAGCGGGAGCGACGCGUGAGGAUUCAGGAGCUGGUUGAGGAGGAGGAGGAUGAGGAGGAUGAGGAUGAGUAUGGUACGCUUGGGGAAGAUGACGAGGACGAUGAUGACGGUAGUGCAGUCAUUGUUCGUCUCCCACCCGACCUCAGUGAGCGCGAGGAAUAG